AUUACUACAUAAACAAAAAUUUUUUGUAUAACUUGUCAAAAACUUGUACUUCUGUUGGAAUAUAUUCAAAAUUUUCGUGUAAAGCAACUAACCAAAGCAACAAAAAUUAAAAAUUAAAAAUGAAUCUAAAAUGCGGAAAACAUGUAGCUACACAUAAUGUGGCUGGAAAAUGGAGAAUGAUAAGCCUACUGGGUGUCGUACCGUUCGUAGCGACAGCAAGUUUCUUUAUUAUCAGCAGCUUAGAGGAGAGAGAGCCUCCUCCAUUUUACCCGUAUCCUCACAUGCGUAUCAGACACAAACAAUUCCCGUGGCGUGGCGGUACGGAUGAAUCGUUAUUUCACAACCCCAGAGUAAAUGCUACCACAACCGGCUAUUCUUGGGAAGAAGAUCCCGAAAGGAAGGCAAAUUACACCUUCAAAAAUGUACAUAAGAGAUGCUGUAAAUAAUCGUAACUUGUUGUGACAUAAAAAAAUGCAAAACAUUUGAUCGCCACUCUUUGUAUUCUUUCUACUAAUUUAUAAAUACAAAGUAAACGUA